GUGAGAGGUGAAGGUCACACGUGUGAGAAGCUAUGUGAAGAAAACCUCGAUCAUCCUCUUGAAACCCUAUCUCGCUUCUCAUUCGUAACUUGUACCAAUCACUUUGCCCCAAUUCCCAGCCCUAACCCUAAAACCGAAGCUUCUCAUGAAAUUCGUCGCGCAUUACUUCACCAUCGUCUCAGAAUCCGGUUCGAUUCCAUAACUCUGAAGAAUCUUCUCCUCUUCCGAGUUUUCUAUGGAGGGCUCUACAGAGGAUCUAGGAGCCCCGGAGUCAUGGGAAGUUGCCGAUUUGGAUGACUCCAUGAACCGCUUGAACCUUUUGGUAACGUCCAGCAAAGAUUCCAAGGCUCACGACCACACCGACGCUGCUUCGCCACAUCUUCCUUCUGCUUCUUCUCCCGCCACUGGGGAUAAGGUCUUCGAUGAUGCCGUUAAUCAGGUUGAUCAGUUCCUUCGUGAAGCAAUUCAAAACCCUCGUGAACGCCUUUCAGUUUUACGGAUGGAGCAAGAUGUUUUGAAUUUUAUUCAAGAUCCUAAUCGACAGCAGAUUGAGUUUAAUCAGCUUCCAACAUCCUAUUUAAGGUUGGCUGCACACCGGGUGGCUCAGCAUUAUUCAUUGCAGUCGAUGGUUUUACUGGAUAAUAAUAGUUUACCGGAUGGUUCUGGGUCAAGGAUUAUUGUUCGCAAAACUGCUGAAUGUAAGCUUCCUGUUAUUCGCCUUGCAGAUAUCCCAGUAAAAUUGCCAUCAGAAAACAAUGCUGUAAUGAAGGUUGCAAUCAAAUCAAGGCCACAAAAGCAAACACACGUUCUUAACAGUGCAAAUUCAAACUCAGGGAAGAAAAACAACUCUAAAAGUGUGGAAGAGAGAAAAGAGGAGUAUAAUAGAGCUCGUGCUAGGAUCUUUAGCUCAAGUAAUAAUGGUGGUACAGUGAUUGGGAAGCCAGAAUGUGAAACAAGGCAGCUGGAUAACUCAUUACAUGGUUCCUCUGGGUUUACUCGUGGGGAAGAUAGAAAUGCUUCCGUAUCUGAUGUUAGUUCCAGUAGGGGGGUGGUUGGUUCUUCAACUAAUACCGGUAGGGGGCUGGUUGAGUCUUCAACAUAUGCCAGUAGGGGGCUUGUUGAAUCUUCAACUAAUAUCAGUAGGGGACUGGUUGAAUCAACUAAUACCAGUAAGGCUAGAAGUAGGACAGAGAAGGAGUCAGUUGCUAGGUACAGGCAAAGUAACAGGGUGGCCAUAUUCCGGGACCGUGAAAUUGACCGCAAGGAUCCUGAUUAUGACAGAAGCUAUGAUAGGUAUAUGCAAAGAUUUGAUCCUGGGUUUGGAUUCAAUGGUGGAUCAUACCCAAUUCAGCCGAUGUAUGCACCGGUAUUGAAUUACAAUACUGAGUUUCCACAGCUUGGAUCCCCUCAUGGCCCCCAACGAUCCGCCGAACACCAACCACGGCCUCUUCCGCAACAUAUAUCUGGGCAACAUAUAUCUGGGCAGCAUAUAUCAGGGCAACAUAUAUCAGGAACUUGGGUUGCACAGUCAACACCUGCUGGAAUUGGAUAUGGGCAUCCAGAGACCAUGAUGUCACCAUUUAAUCAUAAUCAAGUUGGUGCACACUCUUCAUCAACCAUGUAUUUGCAUUCACCUCAGUAUCCCUGUCAGCACCCUGGAAUGCCUUUUAUCCAUCCUGAACAUAUUCACCAGCCCUUUGCACAGUCUCAUCAACCACCACCUGAAGCAAAUUUUGGAUUGGCCCGGCCCCGAUGAGGGGCAUAGGCCAUGCCUGCACCCAAUCAGCCCGAGCUAUAUAAUGUAAGAUGACGGUCUGCUGCAGCUACAGAUCUCUUUUAGCUGAUUGGAGUGCAGGCAUGCAGGCCGAGUUUGGCUGGAAUGGAUUUGUGUAUUUCUUAAAAACCCACCUCAAACAAUGAUCCAUUCUUCCAAUCUCGGUUUACGAAGGAUGCUUCUUGCAUCUUCUAUGAGUUCCAUGACUAUGUUUCUCUUGUGGACAUUUGAUAUUCUGUGAGGAGCUUUUGGAGCACACACUGCUGCUCAUGAAGAAGAGUGAACUGAUGACUUCUGUAGAGCCAUACAAGUUUGUGCUUGACUUGGAUGAAGUUCACCCAAUUCAUUUCUUGAGAUUGGGUAUACGGAUAUAGUGGAAUCAUCAGAGGAAACACUUCAACGUUUCAUUGCUUGAGCUCCCCAAAAGAGAGCUAAAGGGAUUCAAAUCUUGCUUGGCGUCAUUUGCCUUCAGAUUGCAUGAACUUGUGUUGAAGAUUUAACUGGAGUUUUAUAGCUCUAGUUACUAUUCCCUAUAUAUUUCAUAGUCCAGCAAGUAAUCCGUAACCUCAUGUAUGGCUAACUUCUGUGGAUGAGUUUGUAUAAUUUACUCUCUUCAUACAUUUCUUCGUUCGUUAAUGGAUAAGUUUUAACAAUUUUUUUA